CACCGCUCCAUUCUAUGCCCUUCGAAAAACAAAUUAAAAAAAAUAAAAUUACAAUUAAAACAUGACGGCGAACCCUAGGGUUUACUUCGACAUCACAGUCGGCGGCGCUCCCGUGGGCCGGAUCGAGAUGGAGCUGUUCGCCGACACGACGCCGAAGACGGCGGAGAACUUCCGCGCCCUCUGCACCGGCGAGAAGGGCGUGGGGAAGAGCAGGAAGCCGCUCCACUACAAGGGGUCGGUGUUCCACCGCGUGAUCCCGGGAUUCAUGUGCCAGGGCGGCGACUUCACCGCCGGCAACGGUACCGGCGGGGAGUCCAUCUACGGCGCCAAGUUCGAGGACGAGAACUUCCUGAAGAAGCACACGGGACCCGGGAUCCUCUCGAUGGCGAACGCCGGGCCCGGGACCAACGGGUCCCAGUUCUUCAUCUGCACGGCGAAGACGUCGUGGCUGGACGGCAAGCACGUCGUGUUCGGGAAGGUCGUCAAAGGCUACGAAGACGUCGUCAAGGCCGUCGAGAAGGUCGGCUCCUCCUCCGGCCGGACUUCCAAGCCCGUCGUCAUCGCCGACUGCGGCCAGCUUGCCUAAUUUACUCUUAACACUAAUAAUGAAUUAUAAAUUACUAUCUAUCUGUAUUAAUGUUGUUGUUGUUGCCAACUAUUAAUAUAUUACUAUGUGUAAUAUGAUUUUACUUUAUUCAAAUAAAAAAAAUGGUUGUGUUGA